UGUGAAAUUCCGUUCAGAUUUCAUAAUCAGGCUCUGCUUGAACUGAAAAGGCAACAAAAUGGACAAGCCCCAAUUGAUUGAGCACUUGAACGCGUCCGUUAACUACACGGUGUACGACACGAAAUGGAUUCCGCUCUCGGCCAAGUUUGUGGUGCUCGGCUCAAAGGCGAACAGCCAUGGCAUUAUGGACAUCUACGAGCUGAACGAGGACCAGCUGGUCAAGGUGAAGACUGUGGAGAAGAAGGUGGCCUUCAAGUGCGGCACAUUCGGGGCUUCCUCGCUGCGAAACCGUCACAUUGCCAUUGGAGACUUCGAGGGGAGGCUGCAAGUGCUCGAUAUGGAGCGUCCCGAACUGCCGGUGUACAAUGUUAAGGCCCACACGGCCAUCAUCAACACCAUCGAUGCCAUUGGCGGUAACCAGCUCAACUGUGGAGCCCCCGAAAUCGUCACCGGCAGCCGUGAUGGCGCCGUCAAGGUGUGGGACAUACGACAGGGACAGUCUCCUGUGGUGGACAUCUCACCGCCACCGCAAAUGGGGGACGGCAUCAAUCAGAGCAGCGGCCGGCGCGACUGCUGGGCAGUGGCCUUCGGCAAUACCUUCAACUCGGAGGAGCGCAUGGUAGCGGCUGGCUAUGACAACGGGGACCUGAAGCUCUUCGACCUCCGUACGCUCUCCGUGCGCUGGGAGGCGUCCAUGAAGAAUGGCAUUUGUGGCCUCGAGUUUGAUCGCCGCGACAUACCGAUGAAUAAACUGGCCGUAACCACGCUGGAGGGAGGCCUCCUGGUCUACGAUAUGCGCCACCAGCAUCCGACCAAGGGAUUCAGCUAUGUCGAGGAGCGCAACGCCGGCCGUAGUGUGGGCACAAACGGUGUCAUCAGCGGCCCCAAAGCCACUGUCUGGGUGGCACGCCAUUUGCCACAGAAUCGCGAUGUCUUCCUCACUGGCGGUGGCACUGGCUCCAUACGCCUCUGGCAGUACGAGUAUCCCGACAAGAGAGUCGUCGUGGACGCGGACGGCACCAAAACGGGCGUGGCUGGCACUCUGCACAUGAUCAGUGCGGCCACAUUGAGCUCCCAGCCGGUGCACUGCUUCGACUGGCAUCCGGACAAGCUGGGCCUCGCCGUCUGUGGGGCCUUCGAUCAGAGCGUUCGAGUGCUGAUCAGCACCAAGCUGAACGUCCUUUAAACCCGUUCAUUUAUUUGUGAUCCUUUUGUUUCUUUUACUUUUCGACACUUCAACACAACACGGUAGCCCAUGCCACACUUAGCUGACGCCCAACGAGUCCUUCAAAUACACAAUUAUCAUGUACAACUAAUAAACACUAAAUCUAGUUCAGA